GCUGCCAGAGUCCGAAGAGCGGCAGAAAUCCAGAUUUCCCUGGUCGACACCCUGGAAGCGACGCAUGUACACUGUUCGAGAAUAAAUUCCCUCGAGGACAUCGACUGGAGAAGCUCUCGGCUAGAAACUCCUAGAGCCGGGGAUGAAUCGUGUUCUUACGGCGAUUGUUGAUGACGAUUUCAGAUCCUUCGAAGGCGUUCAAAGACCCGUCCAUUGGUCAUCGCUGCGCGUACUGCCUGAAGCUGUACGCGACGCGGAGGAUACUGGAAAUUCACAUCAACACAGUCCAUUUGAAACAGCGACCUUAUCCAUGCUGUAUCUGUCAUCAAACAUUUACACAACGGGGUACCUUGAAUCGCCACUUGCGCAUCCACACUGGCGAGAGAUUCGAAUGCGUUGAUUGCGGUCGAUCAUAUACGCAAAAGUCCCACAUGGUCGACCACGUGAGAACCCACACUGGAUCCCGCCCGUACAAAUGCUACGUAUGCGGUAGGGGUUUCACCCAAAAGAGUCCUCUGAAUGUUCAUCUGAGACGCGUGCACGGUGCGCACCUAUUCGGAUUUUCUUUCGGAACGGAUCUUGGUGAAUUGAACGAUUCACUGUACUCGAAAACUCGUGAUUACAAGUUCGCUUGCGACCUGUGCGAGUUCACCACAGAUUAUAAACAGAGUAUCGUUCGUCACGUUAAGAUACACACCGGCGAAAAGCCUUUCACGUGCAAUCGAUGCGGUCGGCAGUUCAGACACAAGAACUCGCUAUCGUAUCAUCAAUCAUCGCAGAAUUGUCUUCGCAACGAGGAUAUGACGGAAGCUGACUUGUCGUGA